UGUUCCAUUCGAUAAUAGCGGACAGUACGACAAUGUUGUACCUAUUAUUGACUUUCGCAAGUGUAGCUGGGCUUUUAUAUUUCUAUUUUACAAGAACUUUCAACUACUGGAUUCAUAGAAAUGUACCUGGACCAAAACCGCUACCAUUGUUUGGCAAUAUUAAAGAUUGCGUAUUAAGACGUAAGCAUACUGCGUUAGUUUUCAAAAGCAUUUACGAUGCAUAUCCUAACGAGAAGGUGGUUGGAGUUUACACAAUGACCAUGCCGUGUCUACUGCUGCGUGACUUGGACAUCAUUAAGCAAGUCAUGAUUAAAGACUUUGAACUAUUCGUCGACAGAGGCGUCUCAUUUAGUGAAGAAGGACUAGGACUUAACCUGUUUCAUGCUGAUGGCGAUGCAUGGAGAGUCCUGAGAAACAGAUUUACAACAGUUUUUACUUCUGGUAAACUGAGGAACAUGUUGUAUCUUAUGACUGAAAGAGGUGAACACUUUGUUGAGUAUGUCGACAAAAUUUGUGCAAAACAACCGGAACAACCUAUACAUCUCCUCGUUCAGAAGUUCACAAUGGCUACUAUUUCAGCAUGUGCUUUUGGUUUGGACUUAGAUGAAGAUAUGUACCAAGUAUUGGACAAAAUAGACAAAAGUAUUUUUACUGUAAAUUACAGCAAGGAGUUAGAUAUGAUGUUCCCAGGCAUAUUAAAAAAGUUUAAUGGUUCACUAUUUCCAAAAUAUAUAAGUAAUUUUUUUCAUAAUCUCACCCAAACAGUGAUUAAGCAAAGAGGAGGACUCCCGACAAACAGAAAGGAUUUAAUGGAUGUGAUUUUGGAGUUGAGACAACAGAAAACAAUUGAAGCACCGAAGAAAAUGGACAAAGAGAAUCUGAGGAUAGUUGAACUGACUGACAGUGUGAUUGCGGCGCAGGCAUUCGUGUUCUAUGCCGGUGGCUACGAGACCAGCGCAUCCACCAUGACGUACAUGUUCUAUGAACUGGCGAAAAAUCCUGAUAUACAAGAUAAAGUAAUUGCAGAAAUUGACGAAGUUCUUAAACGAUACAACGGCGAGAUAACCUAUGACAGCUUAAAUGAAAUGACUUAUUUGCAACAAGUAUUUGAUGAAACUUUGCGGAAAUAUCCACUUGUAGAUAAUUUGCAACGCAACGCUCAAACGGACUACAUAAUUCCAGGCACUAAUGUUACUAUCAAGAAAGGACAAACUGUAUUUGUGAAUGUUUUGGGUAUUCAACACGAUCCUAAAUACUACCCCAACCCAGAUAAGUUUGAUCCUGAACGGUUUAGUCCUGACAUUGAAAAAAAUAGACAUUCAUGUGCUUAUUUACCUUUUGGAACUGGACCUAGGAACUGCAUAGGCAUGCGGUUCGCUAAAGUACAGUCCCGAGUCUGCGUAGCUAAGUUCCUAUCCAAGUUCAGAGUGGAGCCUUCGAAAAAGACACCAGUGAAGUUGGAAUACGAUCCCAUGCGACUUGUUUUAUUCCCAAAGGGAGGAAUUCACUUAAAUGUUUUAUGUAGAUAAAUGAAAUCUAUCAUUCGACGGACAUGAGAACUAAAUCAAUAUAAGAAAUGGUUGUUAUUAAAAUAAGUAUACAUAACGUAAUAAAAAUGAGUUUAGUAUCAAUUGGUUGUAUACUGUAAGGAUGCUAUGCAGUUGUUUUUAAUAAAUAAAUAAAAUAAUAUAUUAUAAUAUAAAUUAUAUUUAUAAAUAAAGUUAGUAACUAGAUCCUUAGUCCAGUCUAGUUACUUAUAACUAUGGGUAACCGCAGUUUUGUUCUAGUGUGUACAUAAUAGCUAAUAUUUCAUGACUAGCGGCCGCCUGCGACUUUGUCAGAGUAAAAAGAAAACUAGCCUGUUAUAUGCCCGCCGUAUACAGUUUUAAUGUAUAAAUUCUUUUGUAAAAACUAAAAAUUUUUUUGGGCUUCUGUUUCACUUAGUCGAAAUUAUUUCCCUAAAGGUCUAAAGUGGGGGGAUCAAUAUUUGGAUAGAACAAUAUAACGUUAUUCCUUCAACAGAAUUGCUUGAAAAUUUACAUGAACACUUCUCAUAAUAAAGAAUUAAAUACGUAUUUCAGACUUUUUUUAAUUUAUUCGAUAAAGAUGUAACCUGAGGAACUAAAGUUUGUUUUAAACUCUACAUGAAUAAACUCGUGGGAAACAGCUGCCAGUCUAUUAUAGCGCCUAGAAUAAAAAUAAAAUAUUCUACUACGUAUUACUACCGGUUCAGUUUGGUGGUUGCAUGCAUCAGGCGUUAGAUAUAUAACAAGUUGGUUCAUUUUCUUUUUACAAUAUUUUAUAUUUUUU